AUGACCAUGGAUGCCGCGCGGUCCCUGGCGGUGCAGCUCGUGCUGAGCCCAACGCAUCGAGUUGGCGAGAGGUGCGGCUUCAGGAUCUUCCCCGGCUCUGCGUCGUCCUGCUUCAAGAUGAUGAUGCACUUGGUGCACCCGGACAAGUGCACGGACCUCCGCGCUGGAGAGGCCUUCGAUGCGAUGCAGAGCUUUC